AUGGCCGCCAUCUGGGGUAAUGGAGGUCAGGGAGGCCAGUUCCCUCUCGAACAAUGGUUCUAUGAGAUGCCCCCAGUAACGCGCUGGUGGACAGUAGCAACGGUUGCCACCUCCGUUCUGGUCCAUUGCGAGAUCAUCUCGGCGUUCCAGCUGUUCUACAGCUUCCGUUUGGUGUUCCUCAAGUCCCAGUACUGGCGUCUGUUGACCACCUUUCUAUACUUCGGUCCGCUGAAUCUCGACCUCCUCUUCCAUGUCUUCUUUCUGCAACGGUACUCGCGCCUCCUUGAGGAAUCCUCCGGCCGGUCCCCGGCUCACUUCUCCUGGCUGCUGUUCUACGCCAUGACAUCGCUCCUCUGCCUGUCGCCCUUCCUCUCCUUGCCCUUCCUUGGCACCGCCCUCUCCUCCAGUCUCGUCUACAUCUGGAGUCGCCGCAACCCCGAGACCCGCCUGAGCUUCCUCGGCCUGCUGGUGUUCACCGCGCCCUAUCUUCCCUGGGUGCUGAUGGCCUUUAGCCUCGUUGUGCACGGCAUCGUGCCCAAGGACGAGAUCUGCGGUGUCGUCGUCGGCCAUGUGUGGUACUUCUUUAACGACAUGUACCCAUCGCUCCACGGUGGUCAUCGCCCGUUCGACCCGCCCGCGUGGUGGAUACGUCUGUUCGAACGAGGCACAGACGCGCCCAGACAGGCGACUGCGGAUGCAGCGAACGUGAAUCGCGAUUUUGCGGCGGCUGCGGCGCCCGAGGUCCGGUGA